AGUCGGGAGAAGAGCGGGCUGCGGACGGCGAACGCAAGCUUUUUAAUUAGUAAUAAAAUGCAAUAAAACGAAGCGAGAUCAGCCCGGACCCGCGUCCGAACUAUCCGCGCGUUUGCCCCGAGAUCUAAGGAAGUCGCGCGAAAAACCGCAGCCGCCACCCCAUCUUCGGCCCGGCUGGGGCGGGAGCUGCAGCGCGACGCGACGCAGGGGCAGGGCGGGGGGACGGUCACCUCGCCUCCAGGGCCACCUGGGUCCUUUUAAAGUGUCCGGGGUGCGGGCCCCGGGCGGGAGCGCAGAUCACGGAAUGUUUUCUUAAAGGGCCAGUUCCGAGCUGCGCUGAAAAAGGGGGGGGGAGGGGGCAGAGAGAAGUGAGGUGAAGACCGAGAAGGCCGAGGAGAGCCCCCCAAUCCCGCGCCGAGGCGGCGGCGGCGGCGGCGGCGGCGCGACGAUGAGGAUGAUGAAUACAUUGCAAAGUUUUUUUGGCCCCGGCGAGGGGUGUCAGAUUGAGUGCUCUGUGCGCAUGUGCGAAGGUGUCCAAACUGACAAUGCUGGGGAGAUGAAGAUAGUGUGUAGCUGCUUCUGGGCUCAAGGAGGAGGAGAGAGAUUCCGCGAGCCGACACCAUGCGAUCCAAGGCGAGGGCGAGGAAGCUAGCCAAAAGUGACGGUGACGUUGUAAAUAAUAUGUAUGAACCCGACCCGGACCUGCUGGCUGGCCAGAGUGCUGAGGAGGAGACCGAGGACAGCAUUCUGUCUCCCAUCCCCAUGGGGCCACCGUCCCCCUUCCCCACCAGCGAGGACUUCACCCCCAAGGAGGGCUCGCCCUACGAGGCUCCUGUCUACAUUCCCGAAGACAUUCCGAUCCCACCAGACUUCGAGCUGCGGGAGUCCUCCAUCCCCGGGGCCGGCCUGGGGAUCUGGGCCAAGAGGAAGAUGGAGGCCGGGGAGCGGCUCGGCCCCUGCGUGGUGGCGCCCCGGGCGGCGCUGAAGGAGGCCGACUUUGGAUGGGAGCAAAUGCUCACGGAUCCGGAGGUGUCGUCCCAGGAGGGCUGCAUCAGAAAGAUCUCCGAAGACCUGGGCAGCGAGAAGUUCUGCGUGGAUGCUAGCCAAGUGGGGGCCGGCAGCUGGCUCAAGUACAUCCGUGUGGCGUGCUCCUGUGAUGACCAGAACCUCUCCAUGUGUCAGAUCAACGAGCAGAUUUAUUAUAAAGUCGUUAAGGACAUCGAGCCGGGUGAGGAGCUGUUGGUGCACGUGAAGGAAGGGGCCUACUCCCUGGGUGCAGUGCCGCCCAGCCUGGAUGAGGAGCCCACAUUCCGCUGUGACGAGUGUGACGAGCUCUUCCCGUGCAAGGUGGACCUGCGGCGCCACAAGAAGUACACCUGCGGCUCUGCAGGGACCGCCUACGAGGGCCUGGGGGAGGGGCUCAAGCCUGAGGGCCUCGGUGGGGGCAGCGACCAGGCCCACGAGUGCAAGGACUGCGAGCGGGCCUUCCCCACCAAGUACAGCUUGGAGCAGCACAUGAUCGUCCACACCGAGGAGCGGGAGUACAAGUGCGACCAGUGUCCCAAGGCCUUCAACUGGAAGUCCAACCUCAUCCGCCACCAGAUGUCCCAUGACAGUGGCAAGCGCUUCGAAUGUGAAAACUGCGUGAAGGUGUUCACAGACCCCAGCAACCUGCAGCGGCACAUCCGCUCGCAGCACGUCGGCGCCCGGGCACACGCCUGCCCCGACUGCGGCAAGACCUUCGCCACGUCCUCCGGCCUGAAGCAGCACAAGCACAUCCACAGCACCGUCAAGCCCUUCAUAUGUGAGGUCUGCCACAAGUCCUACACGCAGUUCUCCAACCUGUGCCGGCACAAGCGCAUGCACGCGGACUGCCGCACGCAGAUCAAGUGCAAGGACUGCGGGCAGAUGUUCAGCACUACCUCCUCCCUCAACAAGCACCGGCGCUUCUGCGAGGGCAAGAACCAUUACACGCCGGGCGGCCUCUUCGCCCCCGGCCUGCCCUUGACCCCCAGCCCCAUGAUGGACAAGGCAAAGCCCUCCCCCAGCCUCAACCACACCGGCCUGGGCUUCAACGAGUACUUCCCCUCCAGGCCCCACCCCGGGGGCCUGCCCUUCUCCACAGGCCCCCCGGCCUUCCCCGCACUCACGCCCGGCUUCCCGGGCAUCUUCCCCCCAUCCCUGUACCCCCGGCCACCUCUGCUACCUCCCACGCCGUUGCUCAAGAGCCCCCUGAACCACACGCAGGACGCCAAGCUCCCCAGCCCCCUGGGGAACCCAGCCCUGCCCCUCAUCUCCGCGGUCAGCAACAGCGGCCAGGGUGCCACGGCAGCCACGGGGCCGGAGGAGAAGUUGGAGAGCCGCCUGGAGGACGCGUACGUGGAGAAGCUCAAGACCAGGAGCCCCGACAUGUCUGACGGCAGCGACUUCGAGGACAUCAACACCACCACGGGGACCGACCUGGACACCACGACGGGGACGGGCUCGGACCUGGACAGCGACGUGGACAGUGACCGCGACAAGGGCAAGGACAAGGGCAAGCCGGAGUUUGGGGGUGGCACGGCGCCCGCAGGGUCGGUCCCCAGCGGGGCCGAGGUGCCUGUCUUCUACUCCCCGCACUCCUUCUUCCCGCCGCCCGAGGAGCAGCUGCUAACUGCCUCGGGCGCUGCCGGCGACUCCAUCAAGGCCAUCGCGUCCAUUGCGGAGAAGUACUUCGGCCCGGGCUUCAUGGGCAUGCAGGAGAAGAAGCUGGGCACGCUGCCCUACCACUCGGUGUUCCCCUUCCAGUUCCUACCCGACUUCCCCCACUCCCUCUGCCCCUUCACGGGCCGCGCCCUGGCCCACAACCUGCUGGUCAAGGCCGAGCCAAAGUCGCCCCGGGACGCCCUCAAGGUGGGCGGCCCCAGUGCCGAGUGCCCCUUCGACCUCACCACCAAACCAAAAGAGGCGAAGCCCAUCCUGCCCGCACCCAAGGUGCCCCCGGCGCCCGCGUCCGGUGAGGAGCAGCCGCUGGACCUGAGCAUCGGCAGCCGGGCCCGCGCCAGCCAGAACGGAGGAGGCCGGGAGCCCCGGAAGAACCACGUCUACGGGGAGCGGAAGCCCGGGGCCGGCGAGGGGCUGCCCAGGGUGUGCCCAGCUCAGCUGCCCCAGCAGCCCUCCCUGCACUAUGCCAAGCCCUCGCCCUUCUUCAUGGACCCCAUUUACAGCAGGGUAGAAAAGCGGAAGGUGACGGACCCCGUGGGCGUCCUGAAGGAGAAGUACCUGAGGCCAUCCCCACUGCUGUUCCACCCCCAGCAGAUGUCAGCCAUCGAGACCAUGACAGAGAAGCUGGAGAGCUUCGCAGCCAUGAAAGCAGACUCGGGUGGCUCGCUGCAGCCCCUGCCCCACCACCCCUUCAACUUCCGGUCCCCACCCCCGACGCUCUCGGACCCCAUCCUCAGGAAGGGCAAGGAGCGGUACACGUGCAGGUACUGUGGCAAGAUCUUCCCCCGAUCCGCGAAUCUCACGAGGCACCUGAGGACACACACUGGGGAGCAGCCGUACAGGUGCAAGUACUGCGACCGCUCCUUCAGCAUCUCCUCCAACCUCCAGAGGCACGUGCGGAACAUCCACAACAAGGAGAAGCCGUUCAAGUGUCACCUGUGCAACCGGUGCUUUGGGCAGCAGACCAACCUGGACAGGCACCUCAAGAAGCACGAACACGAGGGCGCACCAGUGAGCCAGCACACAGGGGUCCUCACGAACCACCUGGGCACCAGCGCCUCCUCCCCCACCUCUGAGUCGGACAACCACGCACUUUUAGACGAGAAAGAGGACUCCUACUUCUCUGAAAUCAGGAACUUCAUCGCCAACAGCGAGAUGAGCCAGGCAUCCUCAAGGACAGACAAGCGGCCAGAGAUCCAGGAGCUGGGCAGCAACCCCCAGUGUCCAGGCUUAGCCAGUGAGAAGCCGGAGGAUGUGGAGGAGGAGGAAGAGGAGGAGCUAGAAGAGGAGGAUGAGGACAGCCUGGCUGGGAAGUCGCAGGACGACACGGUGUCACCCACGCCCGAGCCCCAGGGUGUCUACGAGGAUGAGGAGGAAGAGGAGCCACCCGCCUCCCUGGCCGUGGGCUUUGACCAUACCCGAAGGUGUCUUGAGGAGCCAGAGGGCGGCCUGUCAGCUUUGGAGCCGACGCCGGCCUUUGGGAAGGGGCUGGACCUCCACAGAGCAGCUGAGGAAGCAUUUGAAGUUAAAGAUGUGCUUAAUUCCACCUUAGAUUCUGAGGCUUUAAAACAGACCCUGUACAGGCAGGCUAAGAACCAGGCAUAUGCAAUGAUGCUGUCCCUUUCCGAGGAUGCUCCUCUCCACGCUCCCCAGAGCUCGCUGGACGCUUGGUUGAAUAUCGCCGGAGCCACGUCAGAGUCCGGAGCCUUUAACCCUAUCAACCACCUCUGAGGUCCCAGGGCCAGAGCCCAGAGUCGGGGCGCCAGCUGCGGAGGAAGCAGAGAGUCCCCAGAAGGCCCCGCCACCUGCCUUGGAGCUCGGCUCGGUGCCCAGCCCCCACCCUCCAAGUUCAGUUCUAACUUCUCCAAUGAAAACUUGGAACCCACAGUCCCCAAAGCCCAUCAUGGAGCUUCCUGCCUCUACGCCUGGGAACAUCAGUGUGGCCCACCACAGGGCCACGCUCACGCUGCUCAUGGGGGCGGCCUUGAAGACCAGCUUGGCGGGCGAGGGUGGAAUCUCAAGCCCGGAUGAGAGCCCUGGGCCGCUUCUGGGAUCCUGCGUGGCACCAAGGAGCGGACGGAAGACGCAGGCGUGCACUGAGAAGACGUAGCUCGCAAACAAUUUUAUAAUGAAAAUUACAAGAAUGACCCUUUUGGUAAUCUUAUUGACUACAGAGUCUAUUUAAGCAUGUGGGUUUUAAAAAUAGACAGUAUUUUUUAAAAAAAAAAUCAAACAAAAUGACUUACAAAUUGUUUUUUAAAAGUAAUUUUGCAUUGCUUUGGAAUUUCAGCUUAUUUGCCAACCCAAGCCUGCCUGGGCAGCCAUUGCUGUGCUUGGGGUGUACCCUUUAUACUGUAGAUAAUGGAGAAUUUUCUAUUGCCGACCCUAUUUGUACAAGCCAAGGUGAUUCUGGGUGCCCCCGAGACAGAAUGAGGGGCAUGAGGACUCUCCUUCGACCGUGCACAGACCCUGCUGAGGAAUCCUGGACGUGGUGCCUGGCUGCAGGCCUGCUGGGGCCGGACGGAGAGGUCGCCUGCCCCCUUGUGGCCUGCAGAGAAGUCCACAAGCCCCCACCCAUGACCCCCCAAUUGUAUGGGGAUGUCGGGAGCCCGUGGCUCAGGGCCUCCACACAGAGUGUGGCAGGGCACCUGAUGAUCUUACCCUAAGGUCUGUGCCUCCACCGCCCGAGCGGGCCCCAGCUGCUAUUCUGAAGGCCGGGCUUGUUGGGACUUUCUGGGUCCCCAACCUCCCGCCCUCACCUGACCCCCAACAGCUGGGGCGUCCUCCCCGCGGCUGCACAGUGGGGAGCCCUCCACAGCUGCACCACUACAGGACGCCGAGCGCUCCCUGUGCCUGAGACUCCAGAUCAACCACCCAGCAGCCACUUCUGCUCUUCGCACAGGUUCUUGACCAGACAGGGUCAAGAGCAGAAGGGGUCAGGGGACCUGCUGCCAAGAGCAGAGACAGCACAGCCCCCAGGAGGGCGCCUCUCUCCCGGGGGAUGUGUCUACUUCUCCAUUCGGACUGGCUUUAAAUUAUUCCCAUAGGGGCCAAUUUCAAUUAAUUUUUUCCCUGAUGGAAUUUACCUUAAUCUGUAUAUAACUUGUAAUUUUUUUCUAAUUCAUUUUUUUUCUUAUUUUAUUUCUUCCUUAACAGUAUUUUUGGCAUUAGACAUUCUUAUUGUGAAGAAAUAAUGUUAAUAUAAGUAUCUAGUGAAGGACCAAAACCGUGUAAUAAGGUUGUGUGUUGUGUGGUCACUAACCAGGGAGUGGGGCGGUUUUUAAUGUGCCAAAUACCCCCGCGUCCCCCCCACGAAUCCUGCUGUCACUGCUGCCCAUUUACCAGACAAUCAUGUGUUUUGUUAAAUUUGAGUUUCAGUUGCAUUUAAGACGAGUGUUCUAUUUAUUUCUUUUAUUGUUUGGAAGAAAAAAAAAAAACAAUGAAUGUCCCACCAAGAAGAGAAAAAAAAGUUGCCCAAGUUCCCCUUUAAAAAAAGAAGAGGGUAAAUGCACAAAACCGGGGCACAGAGCUGAACAUCUGCGUGGCUCUGUGCCCUGUGGGGACAUCCCAACGGGCAGUAUUUAAGCGGGCGUGUUCCAUGAGCUUCCAGUCGCUCCAGGCCCAAGACGAUCGUCCGCUGAUGCCGGACAGUCCGAGUGUGCCCUGGAGACACACUGGGGAGGACCCUGCAGCCAGCAGAGACCUGUAGGUCACGGUGAAAGGGAUUCUCCCCUUGCUAACUCAGAGCCAGAGAGCCGGCCUGCACCGCGGACAGGCCAUCGCACCCACGGGCAAGCUGGAAAGAGGCCCUCAGGGGAGCGGGGAAGCGGGGAAGCCUGAACCCCAGCCACCCCACAGGGACUGGCAAACCCACCCGCCCAGGACCUCUCCUGGAUGUCUCCUCCGCCAGACCCACCAGGUACGGGCACAGGAACUUCCACUUUCUCCUUGAUCUAGAUGGGACCCUUAUAAAAAUUCAACCUCAGAUCCAAACACCCCAUUUCUGUAAACCCAAAUUAUAUGAUUUCUUCUGCGAAAGAAUAAGCUGUGUGGUUUUGUUUUUGUUUUUGUUUUUUUUGCGAUACAUGCUGCUCUCUCCAAGUGGGAAGCUUGGAUGGAGGAGACCGAGGUGUGUCUUUUGGCAAUGGCAGACAGAGAGGGCCUCCCCUCUCCUCACCUUGGAGUGCCCUGCCCAGUUCUGUCAUCUGGGGCACAUCUUCCGAGAAUUUUCUCUUCUCUUCGUUCUCUUCUUCCCUCUUUCCAAAGAGCCCUGGCUGCACAUUUUAAGUCAUAUACUUUUGUCCCCCCCAACAAUGAUAGCAAGUCCAGCUUCUCUUUAGCACUCAGCCCCCUGGGCCCCAGCACUUGGCAUUUUGGGGGGCUCUGCCCUUAGACCCCCUGACAAAGAGCAACCCCUAAGUUGCCUCAGGGCUUGGCACUGCCCCACACCCAGCCAGCUCCAGGCUCAGGGCUUCUCUCUUCCCUGGUGGCAGUGCCAGCUCAGAAGUGCCUGCUCACUCAGGCCCAGUGUCCUCUGCCCUCAGAGACCCCCCGGGGGCCAGGGAGCCAGGCUGGGUGUGAGAAUUCCAAGACCCGGCCCCCAGAGCACCAAGCCUGAACAGGAGCAGCGAGGUCUCUCUGCAGCAUGGGCAGGAGUUCUGCCCAGCCUGCUGCCCUGACAUGACUCCAUUGGAUGGCUGGCACUCAUCCCCAAAGUGGAAGUUCAAGGGAGGCCCCAGCACCUUCCCAGCACAGUCCUGGGAUGCCGGCCCUGGCGAGGCCACACCUUCACCCUGUUGCUGCCCUCAUCCCAGGAUGCUUGGGGAGGACACACGGGGCUGCCCCAUCCUCCUGAACAGGCAGAUCCUGCAUGAGUGGGACCCACAACAUCCCUUAGCAAACCCAGUGGACAGGGUGGGCACAGAGUGGCCUGAGAGACUGCCCAAGGCCAAGAGUACAGCUAGGCUUUCCAGACCCUGCUGGACCCAACCUCCUGACCUGAGUCCAGCCCUGGAGACCCGAGGGCCCUCAGCUUCCUCUGCCUCUGCCGCUUCCCCAGUGAGCAAUUGCAAACACCCUCCUGAUACAUAUCACGUGUUUAGCACUGGAUUGUGGUCCCCGUCCCCUGCCCGAGUGACUGAAACCUACUGAGCUAUAUUCACUGUGCUGUUCCAGGGAGGGGAGAGGAGGGCGCACCCCUGCCACAGGAUGGCCGACGGGGGUCGGGAAGCCGGGUCAGCGCUCCCUCCCUGCUGGGAACACCGGACGCAGUUCCUGGCCAGUGGAGGUCAGCUGGGUGUCCAAAGCCAUGGAACCGUCUGCCGCAUUGAGUGAUACUGUGACGACGACGUCUUGCGUCAUUCCGAGAAGAGUCCCUUUCUCUCUCAUUCCAUUUUUUGUUUGUUUGUUUAUUCUGUCACUGAUUCGUAUUACCACUUUUGGAAAAAAAUCACAAUACGUAAAGGCAGCUUGAGUUUCCAAAUGUGCAAUUCACCUGUGAACAAGGUAACUCUAGAGAUGUCCUUCAGCGCCUCUGGCCUCGCCACUCUGUUCAGCACAAGGGAAGCGGAGCCCUGGUGUCGGAAUAUGUAAUUUAAAGUGUGUAUAUAAAUAUACUUUGUAACGGAGGGAUCUGCGUGCACCUCUGCAGGUGCGUUUCCCCAGCACGUGCGGGCGCGAAUCACCGCCUGUGCGUCCACGCCAUUGUUACAUUGCAGAUUUGGUUUAGUUCCGCUUUGGGUUUUUUGUUUUGUUUUGUUUUGUUUCCUUUAGAAAUGUAUAGUGUUGAAAAAGAAAUCAAAUGUAAAUGUCUGGUUAUCAUAUAUUGUUUAAAAAAAGACAAAACCAUUGAGAGGGAGGGUGGAGCUCGCCCCACGCCCCCCACUGUAAAUUGCUUCUGUCCUUUAUGAGCAAACUGUGCAUGACUCGUGCUUAGCGGUCAUUAUUGUGUCUGUUCGUGAAACUUUAUUACAAGGAAAAUUCUGUAGACGCACUUAUCGGUAUGUGGGUAGGGUCCACGUCCAGCAUAGCAGCCAGAGCCGCCCACACGGAAGCGGGCCAGCUCUGACUGACCCAGAAGUCGCCGCAGGAGGGCGAGGAGAUGAAAAGACAUGAUGGGUAGUAAAUAAUCCAGAGCGAUUUUGCAAAUUUCAUUUUGAUGCUCGUGAUGAAGACAAAUGUACUUGUGUAGAGAGAUCUCUUUAAGGUGAAACCUAGCAGAAGCUGAUUUUGAGGUUAAUGCUGUAGAAUAGGACUGUAUACCAAAUGUAAUCUUUCCAACGCC